AUGGAUGAUGAAUUAUUCGGAGCCCAGUUUGGGGCUGCUGGCGAUAUGCCGCCUCCACCGCCACCGGAUUUCUCAUCAAUGUCCUACUCCCCCGAUCUCUUUUCCCAGUAUAUUUCACCUUUUGAUACUCCCAGCUUACUCUGGUCCCAAAACUUCCCGCCGGCUAUGGAUAACCGCCCGAGAGGUUUCAUGCGUGCGGACGAGAUAUUCUCGGAAAACGGCGGGCCUAUCCCCCUUCCCCCGAGGUUCGCACAGAUCAAACGCAGCCUCGUCGCCGGCAAGGAAACAGCCAUAGUGGACUCGUGGAACCGACUCCUGGUCGCCCUCCGCGCUGAGAUUGCACUGAUUGGCGUAACAAAGUCUGACAUAAUUCCCACCAUCGAUUUUUCGGAGCUCAAGGACCAUGCCCGCGUGUCUGAAUUUGCCGCCAAGCUCCGGCGCCGAGGUGGCGCCGUCAUUCGCAACGUUGUAACGGCGGAGGAAGCCCACAAUUGGCGGGAAGAGACGGAGACAUAUCUCUCCGAUAACCCAGAAACUAGGGGGUGGCCGACACGCGAUCCUCACCUCUUUGGAAUUUAUUGGUCGCCGGCGCAGAUUAAGGGUCGCGCCCAUCCGAAUGUGCUCGCUACUCAACGGUUCUUGAUGAGGCUAUGGCGCUCGCGUGACGCCAACGCCUCGGUAGCGGUUGACCUUCCCGUAGCCUACGCGGACCGUCUGCGGAUCCGUACGCCGGGCGAUGAGUUUUGGCAUCUGAAUGCCCAUGUAGACGGCGGCAGUGUCGAGCGGUGGGAAAGCGAUGGGUACGGAAAUGCUGGCACGUAUCAACGCAUAUGGGAUGGGCGGUGGGAAGAUUAUGAUCCCUGGGAAAGCAGCACACGGCUUAAGGUCACUUCAGAUCUUUAUAAUGGAGCGGGCUCAUGCAGCAUGUUUCGCAUGUUCCAAGGCUGGCUCUCAAUGUCGGACAUCGACCCUGCCGAUGGCACACUUCUUCUCUGCCCCAUGCUCCAGCUCGCCACCGCCUACUUUCUCCUUCGACCAUUUUUCUCCCCGCAUAAUCCUUCCCCCGAAUCUCCAAAUUUCCUAGCUCGCGAGAACUGGUCUCUUGACUUCACGCAAACUAGCAUCAUUCAGGGUGCAGUUCCCUCAUAUACCCAGGAACUCAACGCGACAUUGCAUCCGCAUUUGCAAUUCGAUAAAUCCCUCGUGCGCAUCCCGCCCGUCCGUCCUGGUGACUAUGUGGUGUGGCAUCCUGACAUGGUGUACGGCGUUGACAAAGUGCCAUUGUCAGCUUUGCCUGCCACCAUCAUGUAUAUCCCCGCCUGCCCGUUGACACAAACCAACGCUCUGUACCUCGCCCGUCAGAGGAAGGCAUUCCUUCUUGGCCAGCCAAGCCCAGACUUUGGGGGCGGCCGUGGCGAGACGAGACAUAUGGGCCGACCUGGCGUGCAGGAAGUUAGCGAUGCGGGUGGAGAGGACGGGCUUAGGGCCAUGGGGUUGCUUCCUUGGGAAGACCAGGAGAGGAGAAGUCCGACAGAGAAGGCGUUGGUUAGGAUGGCGAAUGCCAUCUUGUUCCCUGACCGCUACGAUAUGCUUUAA